UCCCACUCAGGGAAGUCCCAGAAAUGGCCCCAGGGAUCAGAUAAACUGCAGGAAGCAGCAGGAUAGCUACAAGCACAGAGAACAGGGAGGGCACUGAAAGAGGGCUGGCUGAGGCUGAGUGGGGCUCACAGAGGGUCCAGGAGCUACAGCGCUCACCAUGCUGCCCUGCCUCACCCUGCUUCUUCUGGUGGGGCUGCCUGCCUGCACCAGGGCAGAGGAUAAAGAACUGGUUCUCAGCACUGAAUCAGUGCCCUGGCUAACCUUGAUCCUGCAGGAAGGUGCUAUUGCCAGAAUUCAGUUCCAAAUUCAAGAGGCAAAGAGGAGCACUGGAAAAGAGUUCUAUGGACUGAUGGGGAAGCGGGCAAGAGGAAAGCAUCGUAUCCUGCCACAGAGAACAGGGUAUCAGCAAGGACAAAUAGCCUAGUACCUUUCAGGCAGGAAAGGACCAUCUAUAAAAGAACUCUCCCCAGGCAGAAAGGAUGAGGACCAGGGCUCUGAGACAGAGCCCUCACUGCACACCACCCAGAGAACCAACCUCCUUUCCUCCUACCUGGACAUCAUAGCUGACCAGCUGCAAGUCUGAGUCUUCUCCAUGUCUGCCCUGGGCACAGCAUUGCCAUGUCCCACAGGCUCUCCCUCACUGGAUUCUCUGGGCCCCUCCCAGGACUCUCAGCCUCAAGCCUCCGCCUUGCAUCAAUGCACUGCUGUCACAUGGUGAGCUGGAGGAAGCCUGCUCUCCCCCCUGCACUCUUGCCUCCCUGCAAAGCAGGAGCCAGUUACACCCACUUCUCUCAAUUCUGUGCCCAGAACACAGUAGACUCAAUAAACGAAUGGCCACCCAA